GUGCGUCCGCAUGAGUUGUUUUCACACACGCCACUUUCGGGUACUUUUCAAACUGAAACUACUUUUAAUCCACUUUUUAAACUCCUCCGGGUUUCCUUCAGCUGCAGUAAUGCAGUCGUAAAGUCAGAGUGCGUGUAGGUAUGUAGGAAUGGAUGAAGACAGUUGCAAUUAGGAAAGCAGGGUGGCGACAGGUAGCCAAAGAUAAGUGAAGAAAACGGGACUACACCUUUGCCGCAUUACUUGCAGCUUCCAUCGGUGGAAGUUCCGCACAGCAGCCGCCUUUCUUCUCGGGUCUGCCCGCUUCUCCUGAACUCUCCAGCGGAUUCCUCUUGGGUGUUUACUCCGGCACAAUCAUGUCUGAGGAAACAACGGAUUUUCCUAACGAACUGCUCGAGAGUGUGCGGGAGGCGGUGGGGCGCAGGGUGAAACUGACCCUGAGGCAGAAAGUCCAGCUGGAGGUCAAAGGUGACAAGGUGGAAAACAGAGUGCUGGCUUUGGCUUCACAUCGAGCCUUUCUGCUCACAGCACGAGUCCCCUCUAAGGUUGAACAGUCCUUCAGCUAUCUGGAAAUCCAGGGAAUCCAAAGCAACAAGCCCACACAGCUGGUGUUGGAGCAUGAGCACGGCUCGUGGAGCCUCCGGCUGGGCUCUGCAGAGGAAGUGGACAAGGUGAUCGCUCACAUCGGCAGCUGUCUGCACCGGAUCUGCCCGGCAGGCGUACCGGUGAAGAUGAUGAGGAAGUUAAAUUUGAAGCCCCCGGACAGGCUGGCAGCCCUGCAGGCCAUCUGGGACGAGCAGGCGUCAGCUGACCUGGGACCGUGCGGCGGCUUCUCCCAUCAGUACUGGUGUGUGUGUGAUUACCUCCGCCAGCCGUACAGAGAGGAAGUCCAGUGGGAUGUGGACACCAUCUAUCUCACUCAGGACACCAAAGAGCUCAACCUGCAGGACUUUGUUCAUCUGGACAACAAGGAUUUGAUUCCAAUCAUUACAGUUCUGGAGUACAACCAGUGGUUCACUAAGCUCUCCACCAAAGACUACAAACUGCCGACAGAUGUGUGCGACCAGAUUUUGAGAGUGGUGGCUCGAUCGAGCCGGCUGGAGGAGCUGGUGCUGGACAAUGCUGGGCUCAAAAGUGAUUUUGCUCAAAAACUGGCCGGCGCUCUGGCACACAACCCCGCCUCCACACUUCAAACACUCAACCUGAGCAACAACUCGCUGGAGGACAAAGGUGUUGCAGCUCUGAGCGCUCAGUUUGCCAAACUGCCCAUGGGUCUAAAGCACGUGAACCUCUCCAGGACUUCCAUGUCUCCUAAAGGCGUGAACAGCCUCUGUCAGGCUCUCUGCGCCAACCCGAUUGUGGCCUCCACCCUCACACACCUCGAUCUGUCGGGAAACUCCCUCCGAGGGGACGACCUCCCGAACCUUCACAGCUUCCUGAGUCACUCAAACGUCCUGGAAACUCUCGAUCUGUCCAAUAGCGACUGCUGUCUGGAGCAGGUGUGUUCGUCCCUGCUCAGAGGAUCCUUGAAGCACCUUUCUGUCCUCAACAUGUCAAAAACAGUCUUUUCUCACAGGAAGUGUAAAGAUAUCCCUCCGUCCUUUAAGCAGUUCUUCAGCUCUGCUCAGGCUCUGACGUCCGUCAGUCUGUCAGGAACCAAGCUGCCUCUGGAGGCUCUGAAAUCUUUGCUGUUGGGACUCGGCUGCAACCCAAACCUCAGCGACGUGUCUCUGGACCUCAGCUGCUGUGAGCUGCGUUCUGGAGGCUCCCAGAUCCUGGAGGGUUGUAUUGCUGAGAUUCCCAACAUUACCAGUCUGGAUAUUUCUGACAAUGGCCUGGAUAUGGAUCUGACCACCCUGCUCGUGUGGCUGGCCAAGAACCGCUCCAUCAGACAUCUUUCACUGGGCAAAAACUUUAACAACAUCAAGUCCAAGAAUGUGGCUCAGGUCCUGGACAAUCUGGUUCAUAUGAUUCAAGAAGAGGAAUCCCCGCUGACCUCGCUGUCCCUGGCUGAUUCCAAACUCAAGGCCGACCUCUCCAUCGUCCUCAACGCUCUGGGCAGCAACACCUCUCUGACCAAACUGGACAUCAGUGGAAACUCCAUGGGAGACAUGGGGGCUAAGAUUUUGGCCAAAGCCCUGCAGAUCAACACUAAGCUCAGGACAUUAGUGUGGGACAGGAACAACCUGAGCCCGCAGGGGCUGCAGGAUGUCGCUGCCGCUUUGGAGAAGAACUACACCAUUCGUUUCAUGCCUGUUCCCAUCAUGGAUGCUGCUCAGGCGCUGAAGGCAAAUCCAGAGAAGACGGAGGACGCCUUGCUCAAGAUGGAGCAGUACCUGCUGAGGAACCACGAGACGCGUAAAUACCUGCAGGAGCAGGCGUACAGACUGCAGCAGGGAAUCGUCACCACCACCACACAGCAGAUGAUGGACAUGAUGUGUGUGAGGGUGCAGGAUCAUCUGAACUCUCUGAGGUUCACAGAGACCAGCUCCGUUCAGGAGGACAUGAAGGUGGCCGAGAACCUCAUGAGGGAUGCCAGAAACUCCAAAACUCUGCUUCCCAACCUGUACCACCUGAAGAGUGCAGGCUCCACAGGUACGUGUGUCGGAGCUAUUCAGGAUAAACUGGAGUCGAUGGCUGGAGAGAUAGCUGCAGUGAUGGACGACCAGCUGCAGACGAUGCUGAGGUCCAUGGUAGAUGCUGCAGAGGCCCUGUGUCCUAAUGUGAUGAAGAAGAGCAGCCUUCACCAGGAGCUGCUGAAGGCCGGUGCGGGGAGGAUGACCAUCCCUCGCAGCUUCGUCACCACCACGCUGCUGGAGCAGUCCGGGGUCGACAUCAUCAAUAAGAUCAGUGAAGUGAAACUCGCCGUUGCCUCGUUUCUCUCUGAUCGCAUUGUGGAUGAGAUCCUGGAGUCUCUGUCCAGAUCACAGCACACUCUGGCUGACCAUCUGAUCAGAAAGGACCAACCACUGGUGCAUCACAAGCCCCAUUUGGAGAUGGAGGUCUUAGAUGAGACAGUUCUGCAGCCAGAGAACUACGACCAGGAUCAGAACCAAGAUCGGGAAAAUGACCUGGGCGAUAUGGACUCUAUGAUGAUACCCAAGUCCAAGAGGAAGAGCAUUCUGGUCAGGAUGCUGAGGCCCGUGUCUGUGGCGUUUGAGUUGGAGUUUGACCUCGACAAAGCUCUGGAAGAGGUACCUAUCCACGUCGAGGACCCUCCUCUUCCUUCUCCUUCACAGCUGGACAGAACGUCAGCGUACUAUGAAGACCUCCCCCCUCCCCCGACUCCACAGGACGCAAAAUCAGCCCCGCUGGCCGAGCUGCCGCCCAUGGAGCACAAAACUCUGGAACAUCACACCAAAUUCCGGCCAAAACCCAAGAGGACGAAACCCGCUCGGCCACACCGGGAGGCCACGGGCAGCUCGGCGCCACAGGAAGCAGAGCAGAGCAGCAUCAUGGGAAAGCUGGACGAGGGCUUGGAUGACUUCUUCUCCAAGAAAGUCAUUAAACUCGGCUUCAAAAUUCCCUCUGGGAAAGGUCCGUCCACCAGCACUCAGGAAGGAGCAGAUAAAAAACGUGAAUCCAGGAAGAGUGGUUUCUUUAAUCUUAUCAAACGAACGUCCCGUUCAGAGAAGAGCCACGGAUCUGCCGCCAUCACCCCACCUCAACCUGCCUCUUCUGCCACAGCUGCACCCCUUUCCCCGUGUCCAGUGACUUGGGAGACGACACCGGCAUCCCCCACAUCGCCUGUGAAAAUCUGUCCCAUUGUGCCGGAGCCCGAGCAGGAACCCCACAGGUCUUACUCUUCAAACCACACAGAUUCUGAGAUUGAGGCGUCUCCAGCUGCCACCGAACCUGCAGAGGAGGAGAAAGAAAAGAAGAACGUGGAGAAUAAGGAGAACCUGGAGAAGCCGGAGCAUGUGGAGAAAGUGGAGAAGAAGGGAAACCCCCAUAAACCCCGUCACAUCGGAGUUCCUAUGAUGGGAAUGGACCUGAUGGCUGAGAUGAAGGCCAGGCAGGAGAGAAUGGCUGGGAAGAAAACGGAGCCAGCUCACGCACAGGACAAGGUGGAUGGUGACAAAGCCAAGUCAGACGUCCAUCCCGCAGUGCCAGCAGACACUGAUGAAUCUAAACCAGAGCCAUCGCCCAGGGCUAAGCCAUCUGGUGUCACCCCAAAACCACCGCCACCCCAGGCUACCAAAGCACCUCUGGUAGCCUGCACCUCUGGGCCCCUCAGCCCAACUAGCCCCCGACCAAGCAGCACCUACGUCUCUGAUGAAUGUGCCAGUGCUCCAACGGGCAGCUUGUCUCCCAAAGCACCACUUCCUGCUCCUCGCCUGAAGAGGGCGCCGUCAGAACAGGAGCGAGCGAGUACCAGCAGCAACCCUGCAGAAGCUCUCUCUCCUCAGAAUGCAGGUGAGAAUCCCGCAGACGGCGACGUGUUUGAUGGAUCCGUCGUAGGUGCAGCGUCUGGCGCGGGCAGCCAGCGGUCGUCAUCUCUGAAGAGGACAGUCAACCUUUCAGCUGCAAGCGAGGACAACCGAGAGCGCACCAAAUCCCUCCCUGCCUACGUGAGGUCUCCAUCUCUGUCUGACGCACCUCUGAGUCCAGCUGAUGAAGAGGCCGAUCUCAAGUCUUACAGCAAAUCAGAGGACGAGUCCAGUGAUGACACUACAUCAGUCUGACACCUGUAAGGUGUUUGCAGUCACCUAAAUCCUGCUCAGCCACCUUUAAGGAGGCCGAUCUCGUUCAUACGGACAAAGACACACAUGUACAUAUUUUUCUUUGUACGUGCAGCGGAUGCUACACUUUGUCAUGCUGUUCAUGCUGUUAUCCGUGGGAAUUUCCCGGCCUUGGAUUAGUCCCAGCUGUCUGGCUACGUGCACAUCAAAACAACCCCACCACUGUUUCUGUCCAAAGCUCUAAUAGGACCAUAAAGAGCAGGCAGAUGGGUUCUAUCUGGUGCAGAGACAAUCUGUGGCUGCUUAGAUAAACAUACUCAGCAAUAAAAAGCUCACUUAGUCCGAAGCACUGAGGAAAAUGAGUCUGACUUGUUGUUUUUGUGCGAAUGUAAAAAGGUCAAAGCGCUUUGGUCUGACCUGCCAGCAGAGCUUCAGAAAAUAAGAUUCAAAAUCUAAAAAGACAAAAAAAAAAUUUUUUUUUUCCUCCAAAUCUUUCUUUAUUAUCUUUAAAUCAGCAAAUUCAAAGCAGCUGCUUGCUGAAAAAUUCUCAAACUCAUUAGAAGAGCAACAAACUAGUCGAAAAGUUCUGUUCUGAAUUUUCUGUCGCUCCGCUCUGACAGCGAGAUUAAUCAGACACAUACCUGCAGCCUUCUUUAACUGUUCCUCUGAACACAGACUUUGUUACUGAGCAUCAGAAACUUUUCCUUCUCAGUCACAUCUACUGUUUCUCCCCCUUCAGUUGUCACUGGUGAUUAAUGUGAUCAACAUCAGAGUACAGCGUGUCACCCAGUUAGGCCACAAACUACGUGAAACCGUGAAUCACACUGCACAUUGUGACAGUGAUGUUUCCUCAAAGACGCGUGUACUCCAUGGACUUUGGGAUAUUGGAGUAAGACAGGCAGCAGAAAAGGAACAAACUGAACUCCGGCCUGGAACAUUAAGAGCAGUGUGACUGGAAGUUGGGGAUGCUUUAUAUAAGCAACGUAUUAGCUUGUGCCAAAUGUAACAGAUGUUGAUUUAUGUGUAAAAGUCCUGCACUCCAGCUCUAAUGUCAUAAAACAGAAUUAAAUAUAAGGGUUAAUGUCCACAACUAGCCAGCAGGCUGAGAUGAUUCCUGCUGUUCCCAUUUAGGAUUUCUGUGGGAUCAGGACAAAACACAGAGUAAGGUAACGAUUGUUAAACCAGAAACAAUGCUGUGUAUUUGAUUAGAGCCACGCUGAAAUAACCUGAAACCAUCAGAUUAUCAUUAUUAUUAUUUAUUUUUAUUUUUUAAUCAAGAUCGAGAUGUAAAAUUUUAGCGACAUAAACAGAGCGUCAGAGGAAGAGUGAGUCGAUGCUGCGUUUAUGUCGAGUGGACUGUAAAUGCUGCUUUCAUCCACGUCCACGUUCACUUCCGACUGCAAACCUCCAAUUAGACCCUUACAGUCACCGCGGAGGGAAAUGAUACAGACGCCUCAUUUCAUCCACAGCUUGGCCUUCAGCCCAGUUGAACAGUGGGUUUGAACCCAGAAAAAACAGCUGCUACGCUCAUUUUACGUGAUGUGAACACAGCAAAAAACCUCAGCAGGUGGAGACAGAGAGCAGCUCAUGCUCCUUUUAUUUAUUUGCUCAAAGACAGGCAAAGGUAAACUAACAGGGAGAAUAGUAAUAUUAAGAUUUGAGAUCCAAAAUUUAAAGGAACAGUUCACCCCAAACUCACCUUUGCAUGUUUUCCCCCACCCUGUAUUUCUGGAUUGUGUUGGUGUGGGUUCCCCGCUUUUAGUUAUUUUGUUUUUGUUGAACAUGAAGUGCACAGUAGUUCUUGAAGCACCUAGAAAAUACACCUGAAAACCACGCUGAAGUCACAACCCUGUUUCUCACGAAGUCCACAAACUUUGCUGUGAGCAGUUUCAUGUGGGAACUAUUUUCUUUCUACCAAACUACAACCAUCCAACAGUCUGCUCAGGCAAACGAGCACCUCCCCGUGAUGGGAUGCUGAUUCCUGUUACAGGAUGUAAACACUGACCGAGUCCUCUUGAGCAGAGCUGUAAUGUUAGCUGUCUGCAUGCUUCUCUGGGCAGGUAGAGCUAUGGUAGGAAUAACAGUUCCCAGGUGAAGCUGCUCUCUCCACGGCUUGUGGAGGGUUUUUUAACGAGCCGGUCAUGAUGUCUGGAAAGACGCAUCACUGCUGAGCUAUUUAAAUGUACUGUUUGGCCCUUUGAGCACCCCGAGGUGAGUUCACAUCUCUGCAGCUGAUCUCUCUAAAAGGAAAUAAUAUAGUUUUAAAAGCAGAACCACAGGUCAGAGGAAAAAAUAGUAAAUUUGAUUUGGAGGUGAACUGUCCUGUAAUAUUUAAUUGGUUAUAUCUAAAUGAAAAUAAGCAGUGCGUGUAUCCGAAACUGCCUUUGGUAAAUGUCACCAUCUGUUACUCUUCUGCUAUCAUGAGUCCAUAAAGGUUCAGUGUUUAAAAAACAAACAAACAUUAAAGUGAUUUCUGUUAAUCAUGUACUGCUGCCCUCACCGAUGUAUUAUGUAAAUAUGAGCCGGCAUGCUUAAGACACUGAUUAUAGAAUAAGAGGGGUUUGUGUCAUGUGAUUUAACUCUGAGCAGAAACGUGAAUCUGUUUUGAUUUUCAUUUAAAAUCCUUGGUGAUGGGUUUUUCCUUUUUUAUCUGUUUUUAUAGAUUUACUGUAAAUGUGACAGCGCACUGUCAGAUAUUUCUGUAUUUGAAUGUUUAUACCAAUAAAUAUUAUUUUACUUGUG